AUGGUGUUUUCCUGGCGAGGAGAUCUGGAAACCCGGAGCCUGCUGCUGUCGCUGCUGCUCCUCGCAGCCUGGGAGGCCGGGAGCGGCCAGGUCCACUACUCGGUCCCCGAGGAGGCCAAACACGGCACCUUCGUGGGCCGCAUCGCGCAGGACCUGGGGCUGGAGCUGGCCGAGCUGGUGCCGCGCCUGUUCCGGGUGGCGUCCAAAGGCCGCGCGGACCUUCUGGAGGUGAAUCUGCAGAACGGCAUUUUGUUCGUGAAUUCUCGGAUCGACCGCGAGGAGCUGUGCGGGCGGAGCGCGGUGUGCAGCAUCCACCUGGAGGUGAUCGUGGACAAGCCGCUGCAGGUUUUCCACGUGGAGGUGGAGGUGAGGGACAUUAACGACAAUCCCCCGAUUUUUCCAGUGGCAGUAAAAAAUCUGUUUAUUUACGAAUCCAGGCCGCUUAGUUCUCGGUUUCCGCUAGAGGGCGCAUCAGAUGCAGAUAUCGGAUCGAAUUCUUUGUUGACCUACCGGCUCAACUCCAAUGAGUAUUUUACCUUGGAGGUUAAAAGAAAUGAUGAAGAGACGAAAUCUCCUGGACUUGUGUUGAAAAAACUUCUAAACCGAGAGGAAACUCCUGAGCAUCAUUUAGUAAUAACAGCAGUUGACAGUGGGAAACCAGAGCUCACUGGCACAACUCAACUGAAAAUCACUGUGCUAGAUGUAAACGACAACGCCCCAGCAUUUGAGAAGAUGGUCUACAAAGUGAGAUUAUUUGAAAAUGCACCAAAUGGUACCCUGGCAGUGACUGUUAAUGCUUCUGAUUUGGAUGAAGGCGUAAAUAAGGACAUUGUAUAUUCUUUCAAUAUAGACACGUCAGCAGAUAUUCUGUCCAAAUUCCACUUAGAUCCGGUUAAUGGACACAUCAGUGUAAAGGGUAACAUAGAUUUUGAGGAAACAAAGUCAUAUGAAAUUCAGGUAGAAGCAACAGAUAAAGGAAAUCCCCCAAUGGCAGAUCACUGCACUGUUCUAUUGGAAAUUGUGGACACCAAUGAUAAUGUACCUGAGCUGGUUAUCAAAUCACUAUCGCUACCUGUAUCUGAAGAUGCUCCACUCGGCACCGUCAUCGCCCUGAUCAGCGUGUCCGACCGCGACUCCGGUGUAAACGGGCAGGUAACCUGCUCUCUGACGCCUCGUGUCCCCUUCAAGUUGGUGUCCACCUUCAAGAAUUAUUACUCUCUGGUACUCGACAGCGCCUUGGACCGCGAAAACAAGUCGGCCUACGCGCUGGUGGUGUCUGCAUGGGACGGGGGCACGCCUUCUCUGUUGGCCACCGCCAGCGUGUCCGUGGAGGUGGCCGACGUGAAUGACAACGCGCCUGCGUUUGCACAGCCAGAGUACACGGUGUUCCUGAAGGAGAACAACCCGCCAGGCUGCCACAUCUUCACGGUGUCAGCGCGCGACGCGGACGCGCAGGAGAACGCGCUGGUGUCCUACUCGCUGGUGGAGCGGAGGGUGGGCGAGCGCGCGCUGUCGAGCUACGUGUCCGUGCACGCUGAGAGCGGCAAGGUGUACGUGCUGCAGCCGCUGGACCAUGAGGAGCUGGAGCUGCUGCAGUUCCAGGUGAGCGCGCGCGACUCGGGCUUCCCGCCUCUGGGCAGCAACGUAACGCUGCAGGUGUUUGUGCUUGAUGAGAACGACAACGCGCCGGCGCUGCUACCGCCUGGGUCAGGCGGUGUGAUCCAAGCGGUGAGCGAGCUGGUGCCGCGGUCAGUGGGUGCGGGCCACGUGGUGGCGAAGGUGCGCGCGGUGGACGCUGACUCGGGCUACAAUGCGUGGCUGUCGUAUGAGGUUCAGCCAGCGGCGGACAGCGCGCGCAGCCCGUUCCGCGUGGGUCUGUACACAGGCGAGGUGAGCACGACGCGCGUCCUGGACGAGGCUGAUGCCCCACAACAGCGCCUGUUGGUGCUGGUGAAGGACCACGGGGAACCGCCGCUGACGGCCACGGCCACCGUGCUGGUGUCGCUAGUGGAGAGCGGCCAGGCACUAAGGACAUCGUCGCGGGCGUCGCUGGGCUCCACGGGCCGAGAGACGGCGCUGGUGGAUGUCAACGUGUACCUGAUCAUCGCCAUCUGCGCAGUGUCCAGCCUGUUGGUGCUCACGCUGCUGCUGUACACCGCGCUGCGGUGCUCGGCGCCGCCCACAGAGGGAGCGUGCGGGCCGGGGAAGCCCACGCUCGUGUUCUCCAGCGCGGUGGGGACCUGGUCCUACUCGCAGCAGAGGCGGCAGAGGGUGUGCUCUGGGGAGGGGCCGCCCAAGACCGACCUCAUGGCCUUCAGCCCCAGCCUCCCACCGUGUCCAGUUAGCGGGGGUACAGAUGAGCAGCUGGCUGUGGAUAGUGAUCUUUCUUCCAAAGUGAGUAACUUUUCCAUAUUCUUCCAAAAAGUCACUUUUUAUAUCUCUAAUAUCUUCACCCCAUUUGAAAGCAUUUAAUAGUUAUUAUAUUACUCUUCUGUUUACAGUAAUUGGAGUUUUUCAGCUA